AUGACCACAACCGCUCCCGCUCCCAGUCCGUCGCUGGCGUCGACCCAACCUCAUCAACCUCAUCUUCAGCCACAACCGCAGCUGCAACCGCCUCCUCCGUCACAUCAGCAGCAGCAGCCACAACUGCCGCAACAGCCACAACAACAAUUACUACUUCGGCAACAACAUCACCACCUCCAUCUCCCACCACCACCGCCAUUUGCCGUAAGACCGCAGCCGGCCCCCGUGGCCUCGACCGGUCCUCUUCAACCCCUCACUCCGAACGUACUCCACCCUCCAAAGGCCUUCGUCCCUCCAGCCGCCGUGCCCAACCCUACGUCUCCACCGAACAAGCGUGAUCUCAAAUCUUGGUGGAAGGGCUUCAUCCUUCAGUCCAAGAGUCAUGAUGUGCCGAUGCAACGGACAAGGGGCAUUUUCGGCGUCCCUUUGCGGGAGAGUAUAACGUACGCAAAUGUGGCCAUCUCUCUGAUCGACGACAACGGAAGGAGUUACAUCUAUGGUUAUGUGCCCAUUGUCGUCGCCAAGUGCGGCGUCUUCCUCAAGGAGAAAGCCACCGGAAUCGAGGGCAUCUUCCGGCUAAGCGGCUCCGAAAAGCGAAUCAAGGAGCUCAAACAAGCAUUCGACUCCCCCGAGCGCUAUGGCAAAGGCAUGUCCUGGAAUGGAUAUACCGUGCACGACGCCGCCAACGUCUUGAGACGCUACCUCAACGACCUGCCCGAGCCGGUUGUACCGCUCGACUUUUACGAACCUUUUCGGGAUCCCUUGCGCCACGCCGUCAAGCUGACAGGCGCCGACAGCGAUGGCCCCCAUUUUGUCCCAAACUUCGACAUGGCCUCUGCCAUCCGCCAAUACCAGCGUCUGAUCACCGAACUGCCGCCUCUCAACCGCCAGCUAUUGCUCUACAUCCUCGAUCUGCUCGCCGUCUUUGCCGCCAAAUCCGACGUGAACCGCAUGAACUCACAGAAUCUCUCUGCCAUCUUCCAGCCCGGCCUGCUCUCACACCCCAGCCACGAUAUGGCCCCAGAAGAAUACCGUCUGAACCAGAUCGUCCUCAUCUUCCUCAUCGAGAACCAGGACCACUUUCUGAUCGGCAUGCAAGGUACCGCCGCCGACGAGCAGACGGUCAAGGACGUCCAGAGAGGCACCCCGCCCGUCACUCCCAGCAUUGCCGUGGAGAGUCCCGGAGCCAUUGGGGUCUCUAGGACAGCGUCCAAUGCCAGCGCGGGUGCCGAGAGUGUCGCCCGCGACGGCAAGAUCCGCCGCAAUCGCUCAACCUCAUCGCGCAAUUCCCGCCACUCCAACGGCAACAGCAACAGCCACGGCCACGGUCAUAAUCACAACCAUAACCACGAUCACGGUCACAGCCACGUCGCACAUACUCGCCCCCCGAGUCCUAGCAGCAGCAGUCCCGGGCUGAUCGUGACGCCGACUGCCUCCAGCUCCACAAGUGGUGGCUUGGCCCGGAGCAAUACGCUGCCCGCCAGAUCUCCCGGUCUCUCACCCGGGAGAUUCAACAAACGAACGGAUGCAACCGGCAGUCCCGUCUCCCCCCUCACCCCAAUCACUCAUCAUUCUCCUCUGCAUACGCCGACGAUUGAGCCGGUCGAAGAGGUUGUUACUCCGGCAGAGGAAUCGUCGUUUCAGAGCCCAUUUUCACCGGCUGCCGUGAAGUCAACACCACCUCCUUCCACGUCAGAGUUGGUCCUGGAUCCGCCGCCUGACACCACAGGAGUCCCUGCUGUAGGAACUGGAACUGCUGUAAAAGAAACGGGGGCUUCAACUCCGUCCAAGGAUAGAAUCCUUUCGCUCUUUCAGCGCUCACAGGUGGCCGACGGUGAGCCGCGCCCUCCACCAAACAAGCUCAGAAAGAAGAGAAUGCCGACCAGUGCAAACCCGAGCGCGCAGAGCUCAACGGCCUCAUUGCCGCCAGUUGCUUCGGCUUUUGCCUCGUCGACUCACGAGCUUGGAAUCAAUCCAUCAGAGGCGCAUGCAACAGCAUCACCAUCUCCAGCGGCUGCUGUAACGGCAACAGCAGCAGUAGCGGCAACAAAGGGACGCAUCCCGCCCAAUGAGCUCACUUCGCACCAAAAAUCCGGCUCUUCUUCGGCUCCGCACGCUAUCGACCUGACGCCCCAUGCGUCCCAAGUUCCGUCUACGGUCACGACGACUUCGACGCCGAUGCCAAUCCCGGCGCCAGAUGCGGCUGCGUGUGAGGCCCAGCUCCGACCGCAAAGAAGAUCGCUGUCACCGUCUCUGCACAGCUCCUUUAACGACGGCUCUGAAGCUGACCAAGCCGAUGAGUCGACGGCUGCAUCCACGUCAGACCAUGCCGAUCAUUCCGAAAGGGCCAAUAAGCGGAACUGGCGCAUGUCAAGACGACGAGAUGACGCGCCGCUGAUGGGGCUUCUACCACCAGGAAGCAACUUGAGCGAAGUGUCUACCAACUCUCGGCCGGCCCUCAGCGUUGGGUCCAACGCGAACGCAGAACUGAGCACAAGCUCAGUCUGCAGCGCCGGCCCAGCGUCAAUCAGCGUCGCCGCACUCUCGCAGACAGGUGCUAGCGGCUCGCCGGAACCGACGUUUGCGAACGCUGAGGCUACCAUGUCGCAGGACUCGACCACAACUGCCGGCAGCAGCAGGGAUGGCAGAGACGGCAGAGACGGCAGAGACAACAAGGAGGGCAAGCUGUCCGGCUGGCUCAAGAACAAAUAUCGCGAGGCCAAGGAGACCGCUGAGCAUCGACGAACCAAGUCACCCACCUCAGAAGAUCGAUUGCCAACCACAAGUUUGGUGUCUGGGCUGGCUCGCGGAAAGAGCCUCGAUCUCAAGCGACCCGUCGAAGAGGACAAGAAGUCGAAUUGA